GGUGGUGCUGCUGCUGCGCCGGCGGCAGCGGGUCCGCUGGAUAUGUCCCGUCUGAGCUCCUCGCGUGUGCAGCACAUCUUCACUCAGCUGCGCAAGGUGGCGCAACACCCGCUGCUGGUGCGGGCGAGGUACAGCGAGGAACAGAUCACUGAGCUGGCCAAGCUGGCUGCCAAGCGGGGUCUCUUUGGCGGCACCCCCACCGUGGAGCGCUGCCUGCAGGAGCUCUCCACGUACAGCGACCACCAGCUGCACCUCUUUGCAUUGGCCCACCCCAAGCUGCUUGAGUCGUACAUCUUGCCCUCUGACGUCAUCCUCUCCUCCGCCAAGGUACGGCACCUGGACGAGCUGCUGCCGCAACUCAAGGAGCGCGGGAGCAGGGUGCUGCUGUUCAGUCAGUGGACGACUGUGUUGGACCUGCUGGAGUGGUACCUCAGCUACCGGGGACACGCGUACUGCAGGCUGGAUGGGAGCACGCAGGUGGACGAGCGGCUGGCGCUGGUCGACGCCUUCAACGCCCCCGACUCGCCCUACUUUGUGUUCCUGCUCUCCACCCGCGCGGGCGGUCAGGGCCUCAACCUGACUGGGGCAGACACCGUCAUCCUGCACGACGUGGACUUCAACCCGCAGAUCGACAAGCAGGCGGAGGACAGGGCGCACAGGCUGGGUCAGACCCGCCCGGUGGUGGUGUACCGCCUCAUCACGCGCGGCACCGUGGACAGCAACAUCCAGGCCAUAGCGGAGCGCAAGCUGGCACUGGAUGCAGCCGUGCUGGGCGACG